AUCUAAGUGCACACACAGAGCAGUGAUAACGUGAGACCUCGAGCUAAGACAGGUGCUAGAAUAGACCUUAUAUAACUGGCAAACUCCAGCUCGUACGACAGUCCCACAUCCAGUUUUCUAAAUACAAUAACAACCUAGUUUAAGUGAUCGCGUGACCGAUGGCUAUAAAUGCAUCUUGGCCAGGAACAAAACAACGUCGUCAGCUAGCGUUAGGGCACCAGGAAGCUGGAAAACACUGAAGACAACAACCGCAGAGCUGUCAUGUAUGCUUGUUUGCAGACAAGAAGUAAGCAUGUAGAACGGGGGAACAUCCACAGUGGAAAUUCACAGUGCUCUCUGUAAACCUGCUGCUGUUUCUACAUGUCCCACCCUCUGGAUGGUGGUCUCUGCCUUGUCCCAAAGAGAGCAGCAGCAGCAGCUCUGUUUGUCUGUUGGCCGGUGACAGCACAGGAACAUGUGGUCAUGCAGCAGCCAAUGCCGAGCACGAGCAGGAGAUCAGCACUGUCACACUAGCAGCACCAGCAGCAGUGCUGGCACUGGAGAGGAACUCUGCCUUCUCCCUGCAGAAUGAAAUUCCCCUAAAAGAGACAGAGGGGUGGGGGGAUUUGUUUACAGAUCAGAGGAUGAGGAUGCAGCAGCAAGGGCAUGUUGCAGCGGAGGCUUCAGGGAGGCAGAAACAAACAAGAGGACAGGCUGUGUGAUCCAGGUCUCAGGAUGUAGGAGCUGCAUCAGAUGAGCCCUCAGCCAGUGUGUGUGUGUGUGUAAAUGCACCAUAACAUCACAGGACUUGUUGUGUUUCAAGGAUAGUGAAGGUGGAGAGGUGCAACCUGAGAAGUCCCCCUCCACCUCCACAGUGGAUGACAGUCCUUAUUCAGCACAGAGCGAGAGCAUCACCCUGAGGAUCAGAUGUUGUCCACAGCUCAGCAGAUGCUCCAGGAUAGCCGCUCCAAGAUCGAGCUGAUCCGACUGCAGAUUAUUAAAGUCACCCAGGCUGGCAGCAGUGGCAUUGGCGUUGGCAGUGGCAGUCAUAAUAACUCCACUCAUGGAGAGAUCCCUCUGGUCGCUGUCAGUCGUGUGGAUGCUCGUCUGGCAGAGCUGCAGCACUACGUGCAGAGAGAGACAGAUGCACUGGUACUGGCCAAAGAUGUGGUAAAGCAACUAGACGGGAUCUCCUCACUGGAUCAGAAGCCUCUGGCUGAGGCUCAGUCCCGGGUGCAGGAGUCCUCCCAGAAGCUGGACCUUCUGCGACUGUCCCUGGAGAAAUGCCUGAAGGAAAAGAACCAGGAGCCUCUGCUGCAGCCUGCAGGGGGAGUGGGCCCUUCAUGGGGACCCCCGUCUCCCCAGAGCUCCAGGCCUGGGUGUCCCCUGUUGUCCACCUCUCCAUCCAUCUCGUCUGUCAGACCUGCCUCCCUAACUGGCAAACUGGAAGUCAGGCUACUUGGAUGUGAGGAUUUACUGAAACCUCCGACAACCCGGGAACAGGAAAACCACCCGAGUCCCUCUGAGGACAGUUCACCAGCUGCUCACAGGACGUACAGACCUUCAGAGAUCAGUGCAGUGCUCCGGCUGGACGGCAGAGCGGUUGGCCAGACACACUGGGCAACCGUCGGCAAACUGAGCUGGGAUCAGACGUUCUGCAUCCAGCUGGAGCGGUCUCGAGAGCUGGAGGUCGGUGUGUUCUGGCGGGACUGCAGGGCCAUGUGUGCAGUCAAGUUCCUGCGACUGGAGGAGAUGAUGGACAACCCCAGCCACAACCAGGGGUUAAGUCUGGAGCCGCAGGGUCUCCUCUACACCAAGCUUCGAUUCAUUGACACGUUCAUCGAGCGGUUUCCAAAGCUGAGACGCCAGAGAUGUAUCUUCACUAAGGAGAGAGGGAAGAACUUCCUCCGAGCAGCCCAGAUGAACAUGAACUUUGCCACGUGGGGUCACCUGAUGAUGAGCAUCCUCCCUCGCUACAGCUCCUUCACCAUGUUCAGCACGUCUCUCUCUACGACCCCCGACCUGGUGGCCAACAGCACCCCAUGCCCCCCUGAGAGGGAGCCUCAAACCACCAUUCCACUGCUAAGUGAGGCUCCAGUAAUCAGACUCAGCAUCACUGAGGAUCAGCCAUCUCCCACCAGCCUCCACCAGGGAGACAACACUCCCACCAUCAUCGCUGAAGAACACACUGUGCCUGCACUGCAAGAAAAGCUGUCGUCAUCCAUAAAUAAGACAGAAGGAAGUGAAGAUCAACCCGUAUCUGCUCUAAAGAUGCUCAUUCAAGAUUUCAGAUAUAUUUCAGUUCUGGGCAGAGGACACUUUGGGAAGGUCCUGCUGGCAGAGUUUAAGAAGACAGGGAAACUGUACGCCAUCAAAGCCUUGAAGAAGAGAGACAUUGUGACCCGUGAUGAGGUGGACAGUCUCAUGAGCGAGAAGAGGAUUUUUGAGAUGAUCAGCGCAUCCAGACAUCCGUUCCUGGUCAACCUCCACGGCUGCUUCCAGACCAGCGACCACGUCUGCUUCGUCAUGGAGUAUUUACCCGGCGGCGACCUCAUGAUCCACAUCCACAACAAUGUCUUCAGCGAGGCCCAGACCAGGUUUUAUUCAGCAUGUGUGCUGCUGGGUUUAGAGUUUCUGCAUGUAAAUAAAAUCAUCUACCGAGAUCUGAAGCUGGACAACCUGUUAAUGGACGCAGAUGGAUUUGUGAAAAUCACAGACUUUGGACUUUGUAAAGAAGGGAUGGGUCAUGGAGAUCGGACGUCGACUUUCUGUGGGACCCCUGAGUUUCUGGCUCCUGAGGUCCUGACAGAUGACAACUACACCCGAGCUGUGGACUGGUGGGGGAUGGGUGUCCUCAUCUACGAGAUGCUUGUGGGAGAGUCUCCGUUCCCCGGUGAGGAUGAGGAGGAGGUGUUCGACAGCAUUGUCAAUGAUGACGUGCAGUAUCCAGCGUCUCUUCCUCUGGAUGCUGUCUGCAUCAUCCAGAAGCUACUGAAGAAGAAUCCGGUGAAAAGGCUCGGAGGUGGAGAGAGGGAUGCAACCGAGGUCAAAGGAGAGAAGUUCUUUGAGGCCAUCGACUGGGAGGCCCUGCUGGCCAAAAAAGUGAAACCGCCAUUCCUGCCGUCGGUCAAAGAGUCCAUGGAUGUCAGCAACUUCGACAGCGAGUUCACACGACUCCAGCCGACCCUGUCGCCUCCCUCAAAGCCCUUCAGCCUCUCUGCUGAGCAGCAGGAAACCUUUGCAGACUUCGACUUCUGUGCACUGCAUGGCUGAAAAAUGAGCAGGAAGGACCAGGGUGGGAAAUGACCAACACACACACAAAUACAUUUGUGUUGUGGCUGAGACGUUUGUCACCUCGACAGGUAACCAACCACCAUCCUUCAUGUAUCAUCAACCCCACUACUGGCAACCAAAUAAGCCAACUCCAAAGGGUCAGUAAGUGAUCAGUGAAUGAUAUUUAUUUAACUGUGAGUGAACCGUAUAAAACUUUAGUCUGUGGUCUAGUGUUGUUUAAGAUGAUUAAUUUGUCAAUUGGCAUAAAAUUAAUCAGUGACAAUUUUCAUAAAUGACAAGUUAUUUAUCAAGUACAAAUACUAAACAUUUGCUGAUUACAGUCAUAAACAUGAGGGUUUUCUUCCUUUGUCAUAUUGUUUAGAUGAAUAUGUUUGACGACUCUGGCCACUGGGCGCAAUUAAUUUUAACAGUUUAUAGAUUAAAUUGAUCAGUCAAACAACAACAACAAAGAGAACAGAUUAAAGGAAUAGUUCAAUCUUGGGAAACCAUCUAAUUUGCUUUCUUUGUCUAAGAUCAGAGUUCAGUUGUCCCAAUAGAGGAAGUUCCUUUUGCUGCGAGGCUACAUGAAAACAUGAAACACUAACAUAAAUAAUCACAGUAAACAAUAAUGUCAUUAAAAGUGCUUGGUACUAUGCUCAGUCAGAUAGCGUGUGAUAAAAGCAAGGAAGUUGUGUGAGAAACCAGGGAUUUAUUAGAACUGAAACUGCUGUGGGACAAAUGAAAACUGGAACAUGUUGCACCAGCUUCUUUAAAAAACCUGUGUCUGUGAAGAUGGUCUGGGUUCGGUGUGAUCGAUGUAACUCUGUGAUUACAUGAGAGGAUCGAUACCAUAUCAGACAGGUGACAUCUGGACAGCAGACAUGAGGGUGGCACUGAUCUCUUCAUUUAAUUCUCAGCAGCAAAGCAAAUAUUUCCCAAAACUCUUCCAUCAAGAAGAAAAGAAAUGACUGGUUAGUUGGAUCCCUGGUUAGUUCAGAUGCACAUCCUCGGCCAGAAUGUGACGUUUGAAAGCCAGAGGUCUGACCUCUUGUCCCAGUUAUCACUUAUCUGUUUUGUACUGAUCAGCAAUCCUUUAAGAUGCACCAUGUGUGGUCACUUUAUCCUCUGGAACAGUAAUUUCACCUGAUUAGACCUUAAGGAAAGUUUCCCACCCUGGUCUUGAUUUUACUAUGAAAUGAACAGACACCUGGGACAUUUCUGCAGCUCAGUCAGCACUUCAUGGCUGACAAUGCUGACUGUCAUCAACGCCAUCUGAUCGCGUGUGAAAUAACCCGGCAGCAUCUUGUGUUUUUUGUUUCAACCCAGGCUUGUAGCUCUGUCUGUUCUCAGUGUGGAGCCAAACCUUUGCUCCUCCUGCUGCUGUUAGUUUCUUUAUCUGGUAAAGUGACUGGACAGAAGCAGGUACAGGAUGCUUGAAGACUUAAUAACAUUAUCACGUCUUCCUUCCACAUCUUUAUGUUUAUAAGCAGCAGUGAGUUUUGCUCAUAAACACAGUGCUGGAAGAACUUCAGUAAAAGUAGCAAUACCACAGUGAAGAAAUACUGCAACAAGUAAAGGUCCUGCAUUCCAAGUGUUAC